GAGAAGCAUAUCAUUACGCUCAACGCAGAUACCACGCACGUCUCAUUACCAAGCGACUCACCGCCGGGCCUGCCGAGCACGGACUUGCUGCACACUCCAAAACCCGCACCUGCUCCCUGACGUCGGUCCUUACGGUGCCUCUCCCUCUCGUCUAUUCCGUUCCGGGUCCUUUAUAUCUCAAUAGAAAGCAAAGUCAAGCUAGAUUAAAUUGAGCGGCUGUGUGGCGGGCGAGCGCGCGAACUCCAAUGGCAGCAGCCGAGCGGAGAGACGACCUCGGGAUUGAAGAUGGAGACGACGACGACAUUGACGAGAAUGAACUGCGACGACAAGAGGAGGCAUACCAGCGGCAAUAUGAAAACGAGCAGACAUGGGAUCAGCUGCAGGAGGAUGAGCAUGGCAACCUGUUCGUGGACAAAACCGCGGAGCAGCGCGCCCGGAGACAGCGGUUGCUGUCGGCGGCGCAAAGCGCCCGCAUCCGCAAGGGCAUGAUCCGCUAUGUGCUGCUGGUGGUGGACCUGUCGCGCGCCGCCUCCGCCCAGGACCUGCGGCCCAACCGGCUAGGCUGCAUGCUGUCGCUGUGCCGCUCCUUCGUGCGCGAGUUCUUCGACCAGAACCCGCUGAGCCAGCUGGGCAUUGCGGUGAUGCGCGGCGGGCUGGUGGAGAAGCUGACGGACCUGAGCGGAUCGCCGGAGGCGCAGGUGGCGAGGCUGGAUGCCGGCAAGCUGGGCGCACCCGCCGGCGACGCCUCCCUGCAGAACGCGCUGGAGCUGGGCGUGUCGCUGCUGAAGCAGCUGCCGCCGUACGGGCACCGGGAGCUGCUGCUGCUCUUCGCGGCGCUGGCCAGCUGCGACCCGGGCAAUGUGCUGGACAGCGUCAAGGCGUGCAAGGACAACAACAUACGGGUGUCGGUGGUGGGUGUGGCUGCCGAGGUGUACGUGUGCCGACGCAUCACGGAGGACACGGGCGGCACCUACGGCGUGGCGCUCAACGAGGGACACCUGGAGCAGCUGCUCAUGGCGCACUCGCCGCCACCGCCAGCCACAGCAGCACAGGCCAAGGCGGAGCUGGUACGCAUGGGCUUUCCGCAGCGCAGCACGGAGGAGGCCAGCUCGGCGGUGUUCGUGGGGCAGGAGGCGCGGCUGCUGCCGGGCAGCUACACCUGCCCGCGCUGCCGCAGCCGCGUGCCCGAGCUGCCCGUGGAGUGCCACACGUGCGGCCUGACGCUCAUCUCCAGCCCGCACCUGGCGCGCUCCUACCACCACCUGUUCCCGGUGCAGCCCUACCACGAGGACAGCGAGGAGCGGGCGGAGGCUGCGGCAGCGGUGCAGGCGCAGCAACCGGCCAUGUGCAGCGAGGUUAUGACAACCACGGGCGCGUACUGCUUCGGCUGCCUACGCGAGGUGUCGGAGCCGGGCGUCAAGGGGCAGCUGCACCUCACGCUGCGCUGUGGCCAGUGCAAGCAGGUGUUUUGCUUCGAAUGCGACGCGUACGUCCACGAAAGCCUACACAAUUGCCCCGGCUGCGAGUUCCUGGGGGCCGGUUGAUGCCCCGAGAGUGCGAAGUUGGCAGCUUUUAUCAAUUUUGAGUGCUUUCCCAAGGGCUGUAGGCUAAAAUGACGAGCGGACAGCACGCGUCGCUAGCAGGCCGGACCCGUUGGGGCGCUUGCUACCCAUACAGCCGCUCGUCUAUGGAUAAUAUAAUGCGCUUUUGGUGCUAUGCUCGUUUUAAAGGGGCCUGGUGGGCUGUAAGUGCUGCCCACA